UGGAGUCCCAGCCCGGUGUGAGAGGUUUCAGCCGUCUCUCGGUCAGGGCGUAGCGCGCUAAGCUUUGCCAAAUAGGCGCGGGCCAGGUCAAGUAGUCCGUUUUUCCCUCAGUAUUUGGCGGCCUAAUGUUUAAUUAAUCGUAGAUAUGGAUUUCAACGCUUUAUUUAACGAAAAGACAUUUCAGCUCUCGGAUUUCCAAGAGUUCACGUUUCUUCCUGGACACCAGAAACUAACCGAAAGAGUGAGAAAGCGACUAUAUUAUGGCCUGGACAAAGAGGUUUCCCUAGAUGCCCUUUCCUGCCCCGUUACAGAUAUUGCCGUUGAAAUCUUCCAAAAGUCUGCCCCAAGCCCAAUACGAAAGCUCCAGAAGAAGUAUGCUGCCCACGUAGCCAGGGAGGCUUGCAUUUCUCCAUGUGCCAUGAUGCUGGCUCUAGUUUACAUAGAAAGGCUCAGACAUAGAAACCCCGAAUACCUGCAAAAGAUCUCCUCUUCUGACCUCUUUCUGAUCUCCAUGAUGGUUGCCAGCAAGUACCUGUAUGACGAAGGCGAGGAGGAGGAGGUUUUCAACGAUGAGUGGGGAGCAGCUGGGAAGCUGGAUGUCCAAACUGUAAACAACCUGGAGAUGAACUUUUUGAAUGCUAUUGAGUGGAGCCUCUUCACAGAGCCAAAUGACUUCUUUCAUUUACUAAAUCAACUGGAGACCAGCAUUGCGGAACGGCAGGGGAUGAAACGUGGCUGGUUCACCUACACUGACCUCUGUGUGCUGCUGGAGCACUCUGCAUGGAGUCAAGCCCUCACAGCCAUCUAUCAGCACUUUAGUAAGGUAUCCUGUAUGCUUGGCCUGGUCUAUCUAACCGGUGUGGCUGGCCUUAUUGCCACCAGCGCUGUGAUACACCAGCUCAGUCUCUCUAGAGGUGGCCAGUCUCUGCUUCCUCCUGGUGAGAUCAGCCUGACCCACUUUUCGACUUCCAACCUGAGUCCAGAAACCUCUUCUCCGGCCCGCCGCCUCCCUUGUUGUGUUCUGGCCAACAAGAGUCUUAACCCUCAGACUGGCACACUUGGAAGCAGGCAACACCACAGUCAAGUCCCCCAAUCGUCUUCCGCACAAACAUCUAUAUUGUGUCUCUGGGGUUCCCUCCUCGCCUCGAUGGGUCAUAUACAUCCUGAAAAGAAACCUGACGUGGAAGCUUCCCAAACCUGGUCUCCUGUGUCCUUAAUCUGUCCUGGCUGCCUUGCAACACUUUCUCCUCUUGAGUGUGGGCUUCGAAACACCUCAUCAGUCCUCAUUCACGGCCCGCUUGAAAACCAUCGUCCUCAUUCAUCACGGUUGUCCUCCAGCCUCUUCGGUACAGCAAAGCCAAGUCUGGACUCUCAAAUAGAGAUUUUUCCUCCCAUACACCUGCAACCUUGCCAUCUGGAGUCUGUGCUACCUGUCGACAAAGUCCAAGCUCUGCUCAUGCCUGGCUAGAGAUAGCAGAGCUUUUCACCCUGUAGUAAUGGACUCUGGAAAUGAAACCAGCAUUGUUUCUGUCACUCAACUGCUCCAAGGCAUGUCUUUGUUAACAUUUCCAGAUCUAGAAUAACAGGAGUCGAGACGAGAGAAAUUGGGCACUUUUCUGGGAGGUUGGUGGGGAGGAAAAUCAUAUAUAGUCAAAUACUGCAGAGUAAAUUUGACUCGAUUAAAAUGCCACAAUGUUUGAUUAAUCACAAGCAUUGUAAAGCUUAUUUAAUUUAUUUCUCUGCAGCAACCAAACUACCCUUAGCACCCAUAUUUAUCACCAUGUUCAAAGUUCGUCCCUGUCGCUUGGUGUUGUAGGGCUUUUGAUUUGAAUGUGUUUUGAGUUGCUAUGUCACAGCGGCAAUCUAUAAGCUGUUCACAUUUGGCAGGUUAACGAACGUGCGUGUGUGGUGGUUAACAAGCACACCUGAAAGUUGAAGGUUUCACAGUAAGUUUUUUUCUUUUUCUUAAUGAAGAAGGGACUAAACCGGGUGAUAUUUUCUUAUUCCUAUUCUCUUUAUGUAGGCAUAUACCCUUGCAACAAACACUGUUCUCACACAUACUGCUGGCACUGAAAGUUUUCUUAUUGUAAAAUCAGCCCUACCCUUGAUAACUUUACACUUUAUGCAAGAGAUGAUUGGACACAGGAAACCAGUCAGUUCAAACCAUGUCUUCAUAUCUUUGUGUUACUGUCAUGUUACACCAUUGCCACAUAUUCUGGUUAUGAUGGCUGUCUUGUUGGCUUGUUUUCCUACUGUUUUACCAGAUUUUAUGUGGCAACAAAAUAUCCUCCUAAAGCCACUUUCCUGUAACAGGGGUCUUAGCCAGGUGGAACAUCUGCAUAAAGGAUGGGCUCCUGGUUUUUCAUGCAGUUUCUAGCUUGUUUUUAUUUUGCAUGUAACAUGCAAACGGCAGCGUUCCGUCGUCGUG